CAUAAUUCAAUUAUAUCAAAUCCUCAAUAAUUCUCUACAACUACCGACAUGUCAUUAGUCGUCUUAGCCCCAGCCCGACCUCCUCUCCCCCCAGACCACAAGACCAUUUUCCUCGCAGGAACCACCAGCACCACCGACCCCGAUCAGCAAGACUGGCGCUCCACCCUCUCCGAUGCCCUGGCCUCUCUCUCCCUUCCCAUCGUAAUUCUGAACCCCUUUCGUCCAGACUGGGACGACACCUGGCGAGAGGACGUCUCCGACCAGCGCUUCGUCGAACAGACCACCUGGGAGCUCGACAUGCAGCACCACGCAGGCCUGGUCGUCUUUUAUUUCCACCCGGACACCAAGGCCCCCGUCAGCCUCCUCGAGCUGGGCCUGGCCGCUCACUCGGGGAAGCUGGUCGUCGUGUGUUGUCCCGCGGCCUUCUGGAAGAGGGGCAACGUUGAGAUUGUCUGUGCCCGGUAUGGUCUCACCUUGGUCGACUCGCUGGAUGAUCUUCGAGAUGUCGUUGUGAAGCAGUUGGAGACGCAGCAUGGAAGAAUUUCGCUGUGACUCCCGUCAUUCGUCUAUCCCGACCUGUGUGUAUUCAAAGCAUUGAGGUCUUUGAUCGUGUAUGUUGUUUGGUAAUUAGUACGCACGACUUUGAUCACAUUGCACCAUCUCUGUGGCCCUCUGGGAGGAGGCUUGACUUGAUAUCCGA